AUGGGAAACGUGUUCGGCAGUUUGUUCAAAGGCCUUUUCGGCAAAAAGGAGAUGCGUAUUCUGAUGGUGGGAUUGGAUGCAGCUGGUAAAACGACAAUUCUGUACAAGCUCAAACUCGGAGAGAUCGUUACCACAAUCCCAACUAUUGGAUUCAACGUCGAAACUGUUGAAUACAAGAACAUCUCAUUCACUGUCUGGGACGUCGGAGGUCAAGACAAGAUCCGUCCGCUCUGGAGGCAUUAUUUCCAGAACACACAAGGACUCAUCUUCGUCGUCGACUCGAACGAUCGUGAACGUGUCGGAGAAGCUCGUGAGGAGUUGAUGCGCAUGCUCGCUGAAGAUGAGCUUCGCGACGCUGUUCUUCUAGUUUUCGCAAACAAACAAGAUCUUCCACAAGCCAUGAAUGCAGCUGAAGUCACCGAUAAGCUCGGUCUUCAUUCGCUUAGAAAUCGGUCAUGGUACAUUCAAGCUACGUGCGCAACAUCUGGAGACGGUCUUUACGAAGGACUAGAUUGGCUCAGUAACCAGCUCAAGAAUCGAUCUUAA